AACCACAAGUACAACAAACAAUAUGAUACAAAUCAUGAUACAACUGAUUAAAAAUGCCCUACUUUCAAAUUCUUCCAACAACAACACGUAUCACGAGUUUUAUUUUGAGAAAAUUUAAUUCUAAAUUAUGAAAGAAAACAAACCUUUUAAAUUUGAUCACUUAAAUAUUCGAUCUCUAUUACCUUCUCUAUCUGGUUUUGCCUACAUGUUGGAAAAUUCU